AUGUCUGUAAACACGGAUUCGAGUGACCUUUCUAGCCUGUCAUCUUUGAGUUCUCUAUCGUCAUCAUCAUUCGAUUCCGAUUACUUCGACGUCCCCACACCUCCACUAUCACCAUCCCGUCAAGCUCAUCGUAUUCAACCGAUAUCAAUGACUGCCGAUCCCGCCAAAUUCACAUUGGACAUGAGCUUCAAUAGACAUGGGUCCAACACCAACCUGGAGAAACGCUUUGCUUGUUCUAUCGAUCCUCUUGCUCCACCUACUUCUUCUCAAAGUAGAUCGGAUACUUCAAGCAUUGGGGAGAAUGCUAGCGAGGAAGAAUGGAAAGCGUUUUAUUCGAAAUGGAACUUCCCUGUCCGAACCGACAGUCCACGAGGUCUCACUUGGGGGCCAUACCAUACUACAUCGGAGGUCUCUUCCUCAACUUCCAUUGGCUCUGUCUCAAUGCGGAGAACCAAACGAUCUCGUGAAUUAAGCAAUACGGAAAAUGAACCACUGGUGACUGAGCCGAAACGACAACGAUUGAUUCCUAUCCUUCGUCCUCCUCACAAUCCCCUGAUUGUAAGGCUUGUCGUGGGCACGCCAAAAUCAACCUCUCAAAUGAACUCAACUGAAACUGGGGCACCCCCACAACUUCAAGCAUCUACUUCAAUGACAUGUGUAGAAACCUUGAUGAACAUAUCGGUCACCCCUCCUGCGACGCAACAUCCUAGAAAAUCAAGGAUUACUCUUAGCAGGUCCAGUAAAUUGAAGUACUGUUCAUAGCGAAGCAUUGAUGAACUUAAUACAGCCGUCACCAACUUUGUAAUCGAAGACGUUUCAAAUAUUUUUCUUGGCUUGUCGAUGACUUGCUUAUUAAUCGCAUUUCACAAAUGAUCCAUUUUCAUUCUUCUUUAGCUUCCAAACCUACAUUCACGCUUCAGAUCGUAUCUCUUUUGUUGUAUUCAAACACAUUUUCCUUGAUCCCAUAUCUUGAAAGACGCAUACAAACUGAAUCCCAUGUUUUCGUUUGGACUUCGAAUUUUUCUUCUUUUUCGUCUUUUAAUCUUUCUUCGUACUUCUUGUAACAAAAACUACACGUUGUUCGAUUUGUAUAAUAAAUGGACUUGUACUUCUUUACAAUCUACUUCGUACAUCUUACUUGAAUAUGAAUUUGAUAGUUAGUUUUAAACCAAUG